UAAGUCAUUAAUUGAAAAAAAAACAUAUGAUACUUCACCGUAAUUUUUACAUCUGAAAAAAUUUGUCCGUUUUUACUGACUUACACAAUAAAUUUCUAUUGUUUUAUAACUUAUCUAUUUGAAAUAAUCAAGAUGGUUCGUGAUUUCAAAGCUCCCAUUAAUGUCUCCCCAUUAAUCAGAUUUGGUCGUUAUUCUUUACUCCUAGCUGGUAUUGGGUACGGAAUGACUAGACAUAGUUUUUUGCAAAGGAAAGAAGACAAAUCCAGAGAUGAACGUUAUAGGUUAAAAGCAGAAAGAGAUGCCAAAAUUGCUGAAGAAAAGAAAAACUUUGCUGCAGAGGAGAUGAAGAAUUUAGAUGCAAUUAUGAAUCCAAUAAAAACAACUUAGAGAUUUUUUUUCAAUUUUAUUAUAAAUUUUCAAUAUUAUAAACACAAAAAUUUUAAUACAAUGAAUGUUGCUUUUGUAAUAAUAAUUAAAGUUUACAUUAAAGUAAUUGUUAGAAAAAAAA